CGCCCGCCAUGGCCUCCCAAAAGCUCCUCGCCGCUGUGCUCCUCGUCGCACUAACCUUGCCUUCAGUUCUCGCCGGGAACGCUGCAGGCGCGGAGCAGUCAUCGCAAUCCAACUAUCAGUACGACUCCAACGGCAACAUCAUCUUGUCUCCUGCGGGGAACAACAACCACAACGGCAACGGAGAGGGCACCGCGACUACCGUGAUUGAUUGGUACAACGACCAGGAGUACCCCACGUGCCCGCUCCAGGCGUGCCCGGCUCUGAAGUACCACUGCUCGGGCGGCAUGUGCAACGAUACCGCCGGCAUUCUAGGCCGCUGGAGGCUGGACAACAACAACGGCUACCGCAUCAAGUACAACUGCUCGCGCGUCGGCGGCAGCUGUCCCUACACCAAGAACGACCCGCACUUCCAGGGCGCGCAGGGCACGCGCUUCGAGUUCAACGGCGCUCCGGAGAAGACCUUCUGCCUGCUCACGGAUCGGAACAUCCACGUCAACAUGCAGAUGCGCGGGUACUACGACUCGCGCACCGUCGGCGCGACCGUGCUGCGCAACGGCAAGGCCGUGCGCACGUGGAUCCGCGCGCUCGGGUUCGUGUGGCGCGCGGCGGCUGUGGAGGCGGAGCACAAGUUCCGCCUGGUGGCGCGCGCGGGGAAGCAGCAGGAGCGCGGGGACGGGUUCCUGGAGCUGGCUGAGAUGGACGGGGAGACUCUUCCGCGCAUGGCGGAAGGGGAGACUCUCUCUCUCCCCGGCAACCUCACUUUCGCUUAUAUCGGGGUGGAGUCCGGCGGAUUCGUUAAGGACGUGUACCGUGUGACUAUUGCGGGGCUCCUGGACAUGGAGAUCAAGCUGCGCGUGGCGCACCCUCUUCCUCGCUGAAAAUAGACGACGAUUACUGUU